CCAUACAAAACAAGCAACCGAGAAAGGUGGGACCACACAAGCAUUCAAGGUGACAACGAAACAUGUUGGGUGCGGUUGUAUUGAUGUUUUUCUGGACUCUGCAUGAACAGAAGCUGAUCUCAUCCCACCGCCCUGCAGUGUCAGAGCAUGACUUUUCAUCAACAAUCCCAGCUUCCGAAGCACUUCAUACCACACCCUGCUUUGUGGAUGACAUCGUCGCAGCGCUGCGGGAAGCAGUGGAGGAUGACAGUGAUCUAACAAACAGCAGUUUGACUUUGUUUGGAGUCUGCACUGUUUCUGAAAUUUCAUUCCAUUCAGUCUUACCAGACCUUGUUGAAGUCACAAAAAGAAACAAAGGAGGUUUUGAGGUUUUGCAUCUAACAGCAGCAGAGGUGUCAGAAAAAGAUGAGCAAGGGACCAUCAUGGUAACCUUGGAUGUCCCACAGUCCUCUUUGCUCAAGCUGAGCCCAGUGCUGCUCUUAGCGUUUGAAAGCCCCCUUACAGGUGGAGGGCUUGAUGUCACUUUCACUGGGCAGUGUCUGCAGCCUCACACACAGGUUGUGUGCAUUUCAGAAGGAACACAGUACAUACUACUAUCAGGAAAACCAUCAGAGGGUGAUGUGGAGCAGAAAUGGAGGAUUUCUGUUAGGCCUAAAUCCCCCAGUAUGGAGCAAAACCUAAAAGACAUCCUUACUGGUGGAAAAUCAGGAAGUAACAUCCACAUGACACCACUUCUACUUUUUUCAGGGGAAAGAGGAACUGAUACAAGACAAAUAGAGGGCUCAUCCCAGGCUUCCUUCCUCUGUGAGCUGAGGCGCUUCCUGGAUGGUGUCCUGCCUCAGGACCAAACCAAGUCCCAGCCACUCAGACUGGACUCCCUACAGUCCCUGCCUCCCUUGGCUCUUGGUUUAUCCUCCAGUGAGACCCUGAUGGCAGGUGUUAUCAACUCCACUGCCCCCACCAUCUUCACCUUCACUGGCUCGAGCUCCAAAUUUCCAGUGCGCCACGGACAGUUGGCCCUGUCCUCUGAACUGUUAGAGGUGCUCAGGCAGAGGUUGGAUCAGAGUGAAAUGCAGAUACUGGAGGUAAUAAAUGAGGAAAAGGUGGCUCACAGAGCCAUAGAGAGGCUGGGGAGGCUGAAAGAACUCAGUGCUUUUCAGAGGAAGGAACCAGCAGCAGGAGAGAGUCAAUACUGUGCAUUUCUUCUGCUAAAGGCCCUGCAGACGGUGGCCCAUGCAUAUAACAUGCAGAGAAGGCUGCGAGCCACCAGAGCGGACCCUGCAAACCCACCCAGGAGCUCAAUAUGUGGUUUGAGGACACUCACUGUGUCCUUUGAAAAACUUCUUUUGGGUCCACAUAAUGCCAACAUUAACAACUGCCAUGGCUCGUGUACUUUCCCACUAACCAAUGGCAACAACCACGCCAUCCUGCUCAAUUACCACACUGAGAGCGGCGUUACGGAUGUGCGGGCGCCGUGCUGUGUGCCUGUGGCCUACGAUCCCUUGGAGGUUUUGGACUUGAACGAAGAAGGCUCCUUUCUAUCCAUCAAGCAAGAUAUAAUAGCCCGGGAGUGUGGAUGUCGUUAGAGUUGUUUCCAUCUUGGAGAAGAUUUUUAUAUCUUACUUGCUUUAACACACACUGACUGUAUUUACUCUGCUUUACUGUUUACAGUGCUAGUAAAUCACAAUUAACAGACAGAAGUACUUUUCUAUAAAUGAUGUGUGGAGUGUUUCUCACAGUUGAAAGAAUGUUAUUAAUAACAGUUAACAAUUUAAUAAUAAAGAAAUAUUUUCUUGUGAUUAUUGCUAUAAGACCCAUGUACUAAUUAUGAUUAGAAUUUAAAAUCCACACUGUUUAGGGUGAUUAUACAGCUAAUGACAACACCAGACGUUUUUACACUGGGUUGAUUUGUUGCUUUUCCCAAUUAUUGGAACAUAAAUAAAAGAUUGUAUUAGCUUUUCA